CAAAGUCACUUCUUCUACUCUAGAGAAAAUUCAAACAUGACACGAUAUAGUAUGUUCACGCUAAUCACUGUACAAACGAAUUAAACUAAUCUCCUCUUUCCUCCUUGUGAGACUUGCUCCGUGAAUAAAAUACGAUACUCCAGCUAACGUUUCUCUGUCAUCCCCCAGGAAGUCUUCACAAAAGAAAGCCUGGGUGCAGAUGAAGACAUGUGCAAGAAUCCUUAAGAAAGAACGAGACCCCUUUACCACAUUGAAUUGCUCCUUUCAGGUUUUUGGUCCAUAUAGGUCCGCAAACUUGGCUAUGUUUUCUGGUUCAACAGAUUAUGGGGAAGGAGUCAAAGCGCCCGGUGCUCGGAGCAGCAUCAAUGGCUUGUUUGCUUGUUGUGGUUUCGCUCUGCAUCGUCGUCCUUCUCGCGUCGAAGGACUCGCCAUUUCUUUCGUGGAGGAAUCAGAUUCCAAAUAGGAGGGAUGAUAAUGAUGCCAGAGAGGUAGAUGGAGUCACUGAAGACAGAGACGCUCUCAAGAGUCUUCUCGGAAGACUAGUCAUAGGAGAAGAGAGAAACCAGCUUCAGGUUGGAGGGUUCACAUGCCACUUCGAUCAGCAUUUUGAAACGUGUCUCUCGGCUAAUCCCGUUAGGAUCUCCAAUGGUGGGUCGACUGUUCAUGUGCUGUCCGAUGGAUCUAAGUUCGAGCGCUCCAUUCGACCCUAUGCGAGGAGAGAUGACGAAAGAAUGAUGAAGCCAGUCACCCCGGUGCAGAUACUUCACGGGGAUGCGGCUAAUUUACCGCCCUGUGAUUUCGUGCAUAGCACCCCGGCGGUGAUCUUCUCAACGGCUGUUACAGGAAACGCUUUCCAUGAGUUCAGCGAGAUCAUCAUUCCGUUGUUCCUCACAUGCCAGCACUUCCGAUUGCAGCUGAAGUUCGUAACCACCGAUCGCAAUGCCUUGUGGAUUCAGAAAUACUCGGGGAUUUUGAACCGCUUGUCUGAUCACGAGGCUCUCAAUUUGGACGAUGGGAGUGUUCACUGCUUUCCAGGGGCAGUUGUGGGACUUCGGUACCAUGACAAUUUAGCCCUGAACACCAGCGACGUCCCCGCAGGAUACUCCAUGCGUGAAUUCAGGCAAUUCCUCAGAGAAUCUUACGAUGUGAAGAUAAAGAAUGAGCUCGAAAAGCUACAGAAGCCGGUCCUGAUCCUCAUUUGCAGGAACCACACAAGAAAAUUCCUGAACGAGGACGCCAUGGUGAAACUGGCACAGGAGUUGGGCUUUCAAGUAGUGAGGGCAGGGCCUGAUACAGUGUCGAAUCUAGAGCUGCUGGCGAAGAUGGUCAGUUCAUGCAACAUUUUGGUUGGAGUCCACGGUGCGGGUCUUACUAACGAGAUCUUUUUGCCAGACGGCGCAGUGGUACUUCAGGUGGUGCCACUAGGCCUAGACUGGGCUUCGACCAACUAUUUCCAAAUUCCGUCGACCGCAAUGGAUCUGCGUUAUCUGGAAUAUAAGAUAGAGGCCAACGAGAGCUCUCUGUCCGAAGUGUAUGGGAUGGAUGAUCCGGUGAUUGCUGACCCUGCAUCCAUCUUUGCGAAGGGAUACCAAACAGUAAGGGAUGUGUAUGUUGACGGCCAGAAUGUGAAGAUCAACUUGGAUAGAUUUAAGGACAUGCUGGAGGAAGCAAUGAGACUUGUUAGACAUUCGGCAAUUAAGGACGUGAAGAUAUAUUUCACAACUGCUGUGUAUUCCUUGUGAAUAAAAUGCCAUAAGUCCAGCUAAAAUUUCCCGACAAGAUCCUAGCGAGUGUCGUCGAAGUCUAUGAAUAGAUAAGAAGAGAAAACAGGCUAGAAGCCAGAUACAUGCCGGAGACUUUGAAAAAGAGUAAGACGGGUAACAUUCUUCUCUUUGCACUGCUGCAAAGUUUGAGUUUUUAGCUUGUAACUAAAGGGUUCACACGCCAAUUUGACCUACACGCCAAGACAGUGUCUCUCAUCUACACCAGUUCGGAUCUUCGGUUUCGGCUUGACCAUUCACGAACUGUCCAAUGAAUCUCACUUGACAGGCUCGUUUCGACAAUAUCUUA